AUGGCAAACUCGAAAAAAUACGAUGGCAAUGAGUUGAUCCAGCUUUACAUGAACAGAAUCACACCUCAUUGCCGCGAGGACCGCGUGGACCACAUGUGGACUCAGAUUUUGCGUUGUUACUUCCAUAUCGAAGACCUUUUUGGCAUAGAGCGCGAGGUUUAUACCACAGAAACUGAACGUGGUCGCAUCGAUCUCAUGGUGACAUCUGUACACAGAGAGGAGAUAUACAAGACCUUGUUUCUGGAAGCUAAACGCUCCCCUGCGCCAUCGAGAAGCAUCACCACAAAUGCUUGGGACAGUGUUCGCGCUCAGCUCCAAAAAAAUAUCGGCAGAUGGACAGAUCGUGUGAGAGAGAUUCCAGUUUUCGGCAUGACUGCGAUUGGCUUGUAUGUGAAAUUUUUUAUUAUCCCCAAGGGGGAAGACGAGCUCCGGCCUUUCAAGGUCACCGAUAGGCCUUAUUCGCUCCGUCACGAUUCUGAGCGGGUACAUGAAAUACUUUCCGAGAUCAAGGAUUCUAUCGCGGCAUCUCUGUGA